CAAUUGCUUAGAUGCAAUAGUCGUUCUCAAAUCGUUCGAUCAGCAUGAAGUCGCUUCUACUUGUUAGCUGUAUUGGCCUGAUAUGCAUCAUUGAAUCUGGCUCAGCUGAUAAACUUAAUCCAGAAGGAUUGCACGAAUUGGAAAAACAAGAAUGCGGAGUCCAUAAGAAGGAUUUACCUUUUAUUGGUAAUGAAAACAUUCCUAGUUCAAGGCCUUGGAUGGCACGCAUUAAGGUUUCAAUUGAUGGAAACGAUCCAUUUGAAUAUAUAGGAACCUUAAUUAGUGACCAAUUUGUUUUGACCGCUGCGCAUAUUGUGAACGGUACUAGAAUUUAUUCAGUGCGCUUAGGUGUCGGGGAAAACUCGACAGUUGAGGAAAUCGACGUCGAAAAAAUAAUUACGCACCCAGAUUUCAAACUUAAUCCUAUUACAUAUAAUGAUAUAGCUCUGGUGAAACUGGCUCGAAAGGUCGAUUUCAAAGAAAACAUCAGUCCAAUCUGCUUGCCUGUAAAUGAGGAUCUACAGCAAAAGGUGGAAACUCUGGAAGGUCUGCUGCUAACAGGAUUGUCACAUGGAAACGCAAACACUGAGAAAAAUAAUAUACUGAGUGAAAUAAAUGUUUCACGUGUCGAUCGUCCAAAAUGCUCAAACUCUUUCCGAAAUUUUACAAUAGAGCCAACUCAAAUUUGUACCACUUUGAAUGAAAUUGUAUGCGUUGGCUCAUCGGGCAGUCCACUGAGCAGUCAAGUUGAAUAUUUAGGUAAGGAGCGCUUUGUUCAGUUUGGCAUCGUUUCGUUUGGAUUAGGCGAUUGUUCCUUGGGAGCGAACACGAAUGUAGCAAGCUUUAUGCCAUGGAUAACUGCUGUGAUUGGAGAAAAGCCGUUGUGAGCAGUAAAUUCAAUAUAAAUCAUUUUCAUGUAUUCGACUAUAUAAAAUGUAUUUUCUUAUUCACGUUUGCUUUGGCUUAAGACCAAAUUCCCAAACGAAUAAAACAAAUAUCCUUGAUGGGAGGCAGCUCAAUGAUUUCAAUAGAAAAGAAUACAAUUUGAAGCAAUAAAAAACCCUCUGCAUGUUUUUAUUCUAUGUUACGAAAUUUAACUAAUCAAAAUAUAUUUUGAAUGAAUCCUA